AUGGGCUCCUGCGAGAUGACGGCCACGGAGGUAGCGGCGCUGCUGGAUCUGAAGCCGCACCCGGAGGGCGGCUUCUACGCCGAGACCUUCCGCGACUCCUCCGUCUCCCUCAGCACCGCCCAGCUCCCGCCGCAGUACAAGGUCGGUCGUGCUGUGAGCACUGCUAUCUAUUUCUUGCUUCCUUCAGGGAGUGUUUCACAUCUGCAUCGUAUUCCUUGCGCUGAAACCUGGCAUUUCUACAAGGGAGAGCCUCUCACGGUAUUUGAGCUACACGACGAUGGCCACAUUGACCUCACCGUAAUUGGUCCGCACCUAGAUGCUGGGCAGCGCCCCCAGUACACCGUGCCACCAAAUGUGUGGUUUGGAUCUUUCCCUACGUUGGAUGUUGAGUCGUUUGCAUCCGAUGGCAGCCAUCUUGUGAACUCUCGGAAGCGAGACCCCGAGAAGCACUACUCCCUUGCUGGCUGCACCUGUGCCCCUGGCUUUGAGUAUGAAGAUUUUGAAAUGGCCUCUUUUGAUGAUGUGAAAUCUAUUGCCCCGAAGGCAGAACCCUUCCUCAAUUACCUUAUUCCUUCCAAGAAGUAA